AUGCAGAGCAUCCUCCACUCCGUCAUCGGUCCCGCCGGCCCAGAAGUCGCAGACCUCAAAGGCAAGACCGCCAUAGUCACCGGCGGUGCCACCGGUAUCGGCUUCGAGGUCGCCAAAGCCUUCUGCCGAUAUGGCUGCCGGGUCAUCAUGGUCAACCGAAAGGAAGAGCAAGGCAACGACGCGAUCGCGGAUAUUAAGAAGGAUAUAGGGGCAGACUCACAGAUCGAGUGGAAGGAGUGCGAUCUGGGGAGUUUGAAGAUGGUCAAGGAGGUGUUCGGUGGGUUUGCGAAGGAUCUCGAGAGGCUUGACUAUUUGAUCCUCUCCUCUGGGAUCAACGUCAACUUCUUCCGUGUUGACGCAGACGGUAUUGACGGUCACUUCGGAGUUAACGCCCUCGGCCACUACUACGCCCUCAACCUCCUCUAUCCUCUCCUCCGCAAAACCUCAAAGCUCCCCGGUACCCCAAAAGGCUCCGUCCGAAUCGUCUUUGAGUCGUCCGAGAUGCAUCGUGCCGCCCCCGGGUCGGAAGACUCCAAGGAGCGCGCCCGGGGCUGCCACUUUGGGUCCGAAGAGGAGAUUACAGAGGGAGGCAAGACGCUCGGCCCGACAGAGCUGUAUGGGCGGACCAAGCUCGCGAUGAUUCUGUAUGGGAAGGCGAUGAGGGAUAAGGUCAUCGAGAAGAAUGGGGAUGAUAUUUACAUCUUGAGCGUCCACCCCGGAGCUGUCAACACCGAGAUGCAGCAGCAAUGGAAGGACGCGUACCCCGGUAUCCUCGGGAAGGUCCUCUCGAACGGUAUGCUCGCGUUCGGCCGGGACGCCGUCCAGGGAUCGUACUCUGCCCUGUACGCUGCGUUGAGUCCCGAGGUGGUCGAGAAGGGUUGGAACGGGGCGUACUUCAGCGACCCGGCUACGCUCGGUGGGGAAUCAGCCCAGGCAUGCGAUACCAACCUCGCCACUGCGCUCUGGGAGCUGUCGGAGCGGAUGGUCAAGCGGAUCGUGGGCGAUGAUGCCCUGGUCAGCUGGUCCAGCUAG